AAUUUAAAUCAUUUAUUUAACACAAUUAUAGUAAAGGAAAAAACAAUUACUUAAAUCAGUAUUUUGUCAGAGCGAAAGGUUUCUCAUGUACACUACUACUACUGUCUUUUCUUUCCAAAAAGAUCUUUAAAAAACCGUAAACUCACCAAACAAACCCCACUCUUGUUUUGCCCAUUUUUGUAAUUAAUUAUGAAUUAAUAUUAUUUUUUGUUUGAAAAGAUAUUUUUAUUUUUGUUUUAUCUCAUCAUCAAUUCAUUUCUCACUAACUGCUAAGGUAUUUUCUAGAGAGAGAAAGAGGGGAACACACACAGAAGAAAGUAGAGAGAGAGAGAGAGAAAACAGCAGCAAAAUAGACAGAGGGGAGGUGGGGGUGUUUCUCAUGCUGCGCGGAAACAAAAAUCCCAUCAGGGCAUAAAACUAAUUCCGAGGCGAGGUAGCGAAUACCAUUAAACGAGACUACAAUUGAUCACAUGGGUGGGUUUGAUGAUCAUAUUGCUGUUAUGGGAGAUUGGAUGCUGACUCCGAACCCUAGUCCAAGAGGCUUUUUUUCAUCGAUAAUGGGUGAUGAUGUUGCUAUUACACAGCCAAUCACCAACUCCGCUUUUGAAUUCAGCGGGCCCCCUUUUAGAGGGCCCGAAGAAAACGUUGUUACUCAAGCUAGUGUAGGAGGUGAUGAAGCAAGCAAAUCGUACGGUGUAGGCGAACCAAGAUCGAGCUCACGGGGAGGUCUAUUGGAGAGGAUCGCAGCUCGAGCUGGUUUCAAUGCCCCAAGAUUAGAUACGGAAAGUAUGAUCAGAACCACUGACCUUUCUAAGAAACAAGAAGUUCAGUCUCCUUAUUUGACUAUUCCUCCUGGUCUUAGUCCAACAUCUCUGCUAGAUUCUCCGGUUUUCCUCACAAAUUCACUGUUUCUUCCGUCUCCGACAACUGGACAAUUUCAAUUUGCUGCAAGUGGAAACAAUCCUGGCUCUGAAUUGAUGGCGGUCGAUUCCGAUAAGAACAAGGAGAACAACUUUGAAAACAUAAGUAAUGUCCCGUCAUUCACAUUCAAGCCUAUCGCCGAAUCUGCUUCUUUCUCGUAUUUUAAUGCAACAAACAAAUCAUUUCCGAGUGAUGGUGCUGUUUCAAACGGCCAAUCCAAGAACAACGACGAACUGUUUCAGCAGUUUAAGCAGGCAGAUUUUUCUAAAAUGCAGACCGAAAACAACGGAGGCAGCAAUCUCUUACAUGAGCAGACGUACAAUUCCGUUGUGGCAGCAGACCAUUCUCCACCGUUGGAUGAACAAAAUCAAGAUGGAGAUCUGCGGAGCUCUGCUGGAGAUCCCCAUCUUGGCGGGGGGGCAUCCGAAGAUGGCUACAGCUGGAGAAAAUACGGUCAGAAACAAGUGAAGGGGAGCGAGUUUCCUCGAAGCUACUACAAGUGCACGGAUCAGAAUUGUUCGGUGAAGAAAAAAGUGGAACGAUCCAACGAAGGCCACAUUACGGAGAUUAUCUACAAGGGGACCCACAACCACCUGAAACCUCCGCCCAAUCGCCGCUCGAUUAUUGGUGGUUUCUCAAACUCACUCGGUUGUGAUAUGCAGAUCGACUCUGAGGAGCAGCAGCCUGGUAGUGGUGGUGGUGAAGUUGGUGAUCUUGUAUGGUCGGCAAUGCAAAAUGGAAAUGAUGUUGUGGGUCCAACUGAUUGGAAACAGGAGAAUCUUGAGACUCAAAGUGGGGCCCACCAUUACGAGGCGGGGGAUGGGGCUUCUCCUUUUACGAACGAUGAGGAAGUGGAGGAAGAGCGUGCAACUCAUGAUGCUGAAGGGGAUGAGUUGGACUCGAAGAGAAGGAAAAUCGAAGCUUAUGCACCGGAGAUGAAUGUGGGGGCAACGAGAGCCAUAAGGGAGCCGAGAGUUGUUGUCCAAACAACCAGUGAGGUGGACAUUCUUGAUGAUGGAUACCGUUGGCGAAAAUAUGGCCAGAAAGUCGUCAAAGGAAAUCCAAAUCCAAGGAGUUACUACAAAUGCACGAGCGCAGGCUGUAAUGUUCGGAAACAUGUGGAGAGGGCUUGUAACGAUCUGAAGUCAGUUAUAACAACGUACGAGGGGAAGCACAACCACGAUGUGCCCGCUGCUCGAAACAGCGUUCAAAUGAAUGCCUUAGGAUCAGGUUCACUUGCUAGUACCCGACAUUCUCCUGCGGUUUCGAAUAAUAAUAUGAACCGGGUCGACCCGUCUCAAAACCGGGGCUGGUUCGAAAGGCCUCCGUCAGCUUCGUUCGGUCAACCGGGAAGCAGGCCACGGGGCUUUGGGCCCGGCUCUGGCUUUGGAAGUAUGGGGUUAGGUGGUUGGGGAAACAACCCAGGCAGGUUGCCAGGUCAUCGGUAUCUGGGGAAUAAUCAGAUGCUGCAGCCUAAAGAUGAACCUGAAAUGGAGCCUGUGAGGGAUAAUGGCUUCGGCUCCUCAGCGGCUUAUCAUCAGCUCAUGAGCCGAUUGCCUAUGUAAAUCUUUCUUAGGACUUUUUUGACUUUUUGAACUUGGUGCCAAAGGAAGUGGACAUAUUAAAUAUACUACAUACUAUUUUAUAACUCUCUUACAACUCUGCUAUUUUACUGGGAUUGCUACUUUUUAUGACUCAUUCUUUAUUUAUUCUUCUUGAUAUAGUGCCAGAGCAA